AUGGCGUUUUUCUUCAAUCGCGGCCGAUCGCGACAACCUGCUGAUGUGGUCCGCUCCACUAAAGAAUUGUUAAUGAGGGUCCAAGAGACGCCUAGCAACCCCAAAGGCGAUGAGGAAUUGGCGAAGCAGCUCAGCCAGAUGAAAGUCAACACGUCCCCCGACCAGGUCCACGCCCUGAUCCAGGCCACUCUUCAGGAAGAUCUGCUCUACGAAUUGUCACGAUCCAUUCACUUGCUCCCGUUUGAGGCCCGAAAGGACACGCAGACCAUCUUCUCCCAUAUCCUGCGCUUCCGACCGACCUCAUUUGCGCCCGACAAGGACCCUCCUGUUAUUUCAUACAUUGUUCACCAUCGACCAGAGAUUUUGAUUGAAUUAUGUCGAGGCUAUUCGGAGAGCCAGAGUGCUAUGCCGUGUGGCGUGAUUCUUCGAGAAGCACUCAAGUUUGACGUGGUCACGGCGGUGGUAUUAUAUGAUCAAUCACAUGAGGGGGAACCCGCAGUCCGCCUCUCUGAUUUGAAGCCCAAUUUACCCCAAAAGGGCGAUGGGGUCUUUUGGAAAUUCUUUGAUUGGAUCGACAAGAGCAAUUUUGAAGUCAGCGCCGAUGCAUUUACUACGUUCAGGGAGAUCUUGACUCGUCACAAGAGUCUGGUGACAGCCUACCUGGCCACCAAUUUCGAGCUCUUCUUUGGGCGAUUCAAUGAUAACCUCGUUCAAUCGGACUCCUACGUGACCAAGCGACAGAGCAUAAAGUUACUAGGGGAGAUCCUGUUGGACCGUGCAAACUAUAAUGUGAUGAUGGCCUACGUGGAAAGUGGAGAGAAUCUCAAGCUCUGCAUGAAAUUGUUACGUGAUGACCGCAAGAUGGUACAAUAUGAAGGGUUCCAUGUAUUCAAAGUCUUUGUCGCCAAUCCAAACAAGUCGGUGGCGGUGCAACGAAUUCUCAUCAAUAACCGCGAUCGAUUGCUGAGAUUCUUGCCAAAAUUCCUGGAGGACAGGACUGAUGAUGACCAAUUCACCGACGAAAAGAGCUUUCUCGUUCGUCAAAUUGAACUCCUUCCUAAAGAGCCUAUUGAUAGGGCCCGUACAACUCCACAGUCCGGCGCCAACACCGCCACGGUGGCUUAG